AGAGAGGAGGUAGUCUGGAGCAUUGCUUUCAGGGAGAAAACCUUUCCAUCAUGACUGAUCUUCACAGCUGGUUCUUUACAUCCUGGAUUAUUUGUUAUCUGACGAUUUGUAAAUGCAGCGACGUCAUCGUGCAGAGUUUCGAGGGUGAGAGUGUCACUUUGCCAUGCAAAUAUGACAGCAGAUACCAUGGAAAAUGUGAAAUAUGCUGGAUAAGAGGAGACAUUCCCACAAUGGGUUGUGGUGAUGAAAUUAUUGGAAGCGAUGGGGAUAAAGUGGUGAGGAGAAUAUCUAAGAGAUACCAGCUGGAUGGAGAAAUAUCGCAUGGAGACGUGUCUCUGACAAUCCUUAACAUAAAAAAAAAAGACUCUGGCAAAUAUGGAUGCCGUAUACAUGUUCCUGGAUGGUUUAAUGACAAGAUGUAUUACGUUCAUUUGAUUGUUGAUGACGCACUUAUUCCAACAACAUGGGAAACUACAUCCCCGUCGAGCAGCAUAUCUGAGCAUGAAAUCACAGGAGUAUUCACCACUGUCAUGGCAGAGGCACCUGGUCCAACCACACAAGAGCCUUUGGUAACCCCUAGUUCUGGGCUUAUAACCCCUGAAUCACAGACCACUGAAACAUCAGGAGAAACGAAUAAAACACACGAGACUUCUUCAUUCGUCAGUUCUUCAAAUGCUCCUGAGAGCAGCACUUCUGGACUGUGGAACUCCAGCACAACAUACGCAGAAACCUCAGUUAAGUAUCCUAAUUCGUCCUCUGUGGAACACAAAGAGAGUGUAAAUAAAUCUGCAGUUAUUGUGCCUGUCCUCCUGUUACUGUUGGCUUUGAUAGUCAUUGCUGGCAUUCUGUUAUGGAAGCAAAAGAAGAAAACCAGAGCUGCGUUAGACAUAACCCAGAACUCCGAGAACUCUGUCAUCUACAGUAACUCUGGCAGCAGUGUGGGCCUGUACAACAGAGAGAUGGCUACGGAAAACAUCUAUCAAAUACAGACUGAAAAUGAAUAUGAACAGUGGCAUUAAUAUCUCAGCAAAUUCACAUUUACUAUUAACGUUUAAGUUGAUCAGUGUGGAGUCUGUUU